AUGGCGGCAUACCGAAAUGCCGUAUUAAGAAUAUCUGCCCAGUUCGAAGGAUUGGAAUUUCACCAUGUCUCUAGAGGCAGUAACCAAGCUGUGGAUAUCCUCAACCCUAUGUGCGCUAAACGCAACCCUGUCCCUCAAAACACCUUUCUAGAGUGGCUUCCCAAGCCAUCCGUGGUGUGGCAGGACGGGGACCAGGAUGCAGCAAUCAACGGUCCCGAACGAAUCAUCCCUCCGGCCAUCGUGCUAGACGACGACAUCAUCGACGACUCGACAAUUGAAGAAACCGUUUCGGCUCAUGAGGUCAUGGCCAUAAUUGCACCAUGGACUGAGCCCUUCCUUGCCUACCUCCUACGGAAAGAGCUCCCUGAUGAUCAGACCGAGGCACGGCGCAUAAUUCGGUGUUCUAAAUCCUACAAGGUCCACGAGGGGGAGCUAUAG